AUGGAACAUUUUGCCCCCCACCAUAACGCCAACUUCGAAGGCUGGUACUCCAAAUUCGACCUGGCGAGCGGUGCCCACAUUGCCCUCAUCAUCUGUUCCGUACCCAAGGCUCAAUCACGCCCACACAUGGUCUCCUUCACAUACUACCCUCCUUCCGGCCAGCCCAUCUUCCAACGAGAACACUUUAUCCCCAACAUCGAGCGCAGAACCACCAACACCGCCACCCAAGCCUUUGAACUCGUCAUCCCAACCAUAGGCCACAUGCGCGCCGCCGCCAACGGCACAACCAGCUACGCCCUCUCUGCCCCGGACAAAAGCUGGUCCCUCGCCGCUCAAACAGAAUCCCAAACUGCAUGGAGCCCCACCAAAUCCACCCCAGAAGGCUGGAUCAUUCACCUCCCCCUCCCUCUCCACUGGCACGUCCACUCCCUCUGCUCCCCCUGCACCCUCACCCUCUCCAUCCCCACGGCACUGCCCCCCGACAACUACACCACCCGCGCAACCAUCCAUCAGGAGAAAAACUGGGCCACCAGCUUCCCAGACGCACACAUGUGGCUGCAAGCCUGGGAUGCAGACUCACACCGCGGCAUCUGUCUCGCCGGUGGCAAAAUCCUCCACAACACCGCCUACAUGUUGGGAUACCGGUCCCAGUCUCUCAACCUAGACUUCACCCCGCCCUUCUCCGUCUCCUACCUUAAUCUCCUGUCCCCGUUCCUACGCACCCAGCUCGACUGGCCGAACCGCACCUUCAGCCUCGACGUAUCCAGGUACUGGCACAAAUUGCGACUCCGAGCCCAUGCGCCGAAAUCACACGGCUGGUUUGGGCUUGCGAGUCCGUUUCCCGAUGGACAUCGGGCGAAUUAUUGUAGUGAGAGCUUUUGCGCGACGAUUGAGGUUGAGGUGUUUGAGCGGGGUGGGUGGUGGCCCUGGAGUGGGUGGAGGAGGAUUCGGAGGGAGAGGUUCGAGGGCGCGAGUUUGGAGUUUGCGGGCGAGUAUUAUCCUGAGAGGGGGCAGGGGAAGGAGGAGUAG